CAAUGAGCACGAUUCGAAACACGCGCUGAUUUGUGCAGUGUGCAGAUUUCCAGCAGCGUUCAUUACGCAAUUAUUAUAGUAUACUUUCUUAAUGCCACUUGCGGAUAACAAGCUGUUUGCAGAGAGGGCAUCGUAUACCAGUGUGCCCACCAAGUUUCUCAAUGUGCCACAAUGACACCCUGACAAUCCAGCAGAUCCUUUUGCAAUGAGGUUGAUGGGAUGUGGAAGCUUUGGUAUUGCAGCAGUGAGGGACUGUCAGCAUCUAUGGUGGCAGUGUGGGCUGGCAUGAACACUGGCAGACAAGCAGUCCCAGGAGACAUUUCCACACUUAUUGCUCCAUGCCAGUAUCACCCCCUGCAGCUGCAACUUGUCCCUCGCCUGAGGAGUGGGGGCGAGAGUCUCCCUCCUCUGCCGCCCCCAGGAGGAGGAGGAGGGGGUCGGAGAUUUCCCUCUGGUGAGUUGCUGCAGCAGCAGGUUCCUCUGCUCAGACUUGCAGAGGCGGAGGUGGAAGCGGAGGCGGCGCUGGGCUGCAGAGAGAAGAGCUCAGGCUCUGAGCCACUCACCACUGCAAUGUGAAGGGAGCGGGUAACCCUGUGCCAGUGACCCGGGCACUGCUCCCUGGACUGCCGCUACUUCUGUGCCUGACGUCUGACAGCAGUUCUUGGGGACACUGAAAAGAUAUUAAUUAUGGAUGAAGGAGUUGACGUUACAACGGAAGGUAACUCUCUUAUUAAGGCAGUAUACCAAAGUAGACUACGUCUAACACGACUCCUUUUGGAAGGGGGAGCUUAUAUCAACGAAAGCAAUGAUCGUGGAGAGACACCACUCAUGAUUGCUUGUAAAACAAAACAUGUUGACCACCAAAGUGUUAGCAAAGUUAAAAUGAUUAAAUACCUUCUGGAAAACAAUGCCGAUCCCAAUAUUCAAGAUAAAUUUGGAAAAACAGCUUUAAUGCAUGCUUGCUUGGAGAAUGCUGGAUCAGAGGUGGUAUCUAUGCUUUUAGAGAGUGGCGCUGAUCCCAGUCUACAGGACCACACUGGAUUUUCUGCCCUUGUUUAUGCAGUCAACUCAGAAGAUAAGGAAACGCUCAAGAUUUUGCUAAAUGCUUGCAAGGCCAAGGGAAAAGAAGUUAUAAUCAUUACAACGGAUAAGUCUCCAUCAGGAAGACAGACUACGAGGCAGUAUCUAAAUGUCCCACCGUCUCCAGGCAUUGAUCACUGUUCUCCUACACCAUGUACAUCACCUUCUGAAAUUGAGCUAAAUACUUCCCCAACACCAAUAUCAAAUGCUUUUGAAGCAGAAAAGGAACUGUUUAACUUUAAAGAGCCUGAUACAUGUAUUGAUUUAAAAGGUUCCUCGGAGCCAGGAUCGCCAACAAAAAAGCCUCAUAUGAUGCAUUAUGGGGCAAAGUUGCCACUCCUUCAAAGAUUGCACUCUGAGCCCUGGUUGAAGAUUCCUCCAUCGCUGCUCCACCAACACAAAGUGUCUUCUCUUCAAGAGGAGCUGCAAGAUAUAACUCCUGAAGAAGAGCUCUCCCUUAAAAUGAAUGGCUUGGUAUAUUCAAAGCGUUAUUUCACUCGACAUCAGAGCAUUGAUGUGAAAGAUACUGCUCAUCUUCUAAAAACACUUGACCCAUCUGGUCCAAGAAAACUGUCAUAUGAUGAAAUAAAUUCACAAACACUUUACCCUGAAGGAACACCAAACAAGACAGAAAUCCCUGUUGACCAAGACUCUGAUUCAGUGCACACAAUGUCAGUUUCAAGCCUAAGGAGCAUAGUUCAAAGAAGAAAUUUAGGUGCAAACCAUUACAGUUCUGACUCCCAGCUGACAAGAAAUCAUGGUCCGACUAUAACAGAGGACAGUAAAUCUCUUUUGGAAAAAAAGAAGAUGUUUUCUCCCCCAUCCUUGCUGUCAGGCUCCCGAGAGUCUCUAGAAAAUGUAUCUGUCACAGCAUUGAGUAGAAGGAACCAUGCUCUUCUAGAAAGGCGUGGAUCUGGGGCUUUACUUUUAGAUCACAUAAGCCAAACUAGACCGGGCUUCCUUCCACCAUUGAAUGUGAAUCCCCAUCCACCUAUUCCAGACAUCAGCUGCCAUAGUAAAGUGUCCAGUGUUGUUUUCCCAGGCGCAAAGCCCCUUGUCCCCUCUGCUCCGCUCUUUCCAAAAGAGUCAAAAAGCAAGAAAAUGCUUCUCCGAAGGCAUUCAAUGCACACAGAACAGAUCAAACAACUUGUAAACUUUGAAGAGAUACUUGGCUAAAGAAAUCCUUCAAAUACAAGUACUGGAACUAUCUCACCAGCUUUCUCCAGACAGCACCUGCUGCACAAAAUGCUUCAGUCCUUUUCUGCAAAGAAAACAGAUCUGUUUAGCUUAUGCUGGAUAAAUUAUUCAAGCAGUAAAAUACUUGGUAGUUAGCAGUAAUCACAGUUUUCUCUACAAUAUAAAUGAAUUGCUGCCCUACAUUUGCAGCCUUUUUUUUAAUAAGCAUAGCAGGCUGUAAAGAACGAAGACGUAUGGAGAAGUAAUAGAUUCGAGACUGAGCAAGAACAUAAGAAACCAGAGGAUGGCGCUUUGGAAACUCGACAGUUCAGGCUUAUGAUUGAGGAGACCAUUUGUGAUUUUUCUUGGACAUGCAGAACUUAGAUUUCUUGUGUUUAUUAAAGGGGCUAUGAGCAGCCUCAGGAACCUUGUAGAAAUGUUGCUGACUGACCAUUCCUGGGAAGUAGGAAUAUUUGAAAACCAAGGUGUAGAAUGUAUGCUGUUAAAUAACAUGGUCUGUGUUAAUGUUCUUCAAAGUUGGAAAUGCUGAUACGGCUCUUAUAUUGGUACAAAGUGUGUUUCGGAUGGGUUUUAUGUUAUUUGAUGUGUACAUUGGAUCAAAGAUCAUACUGCUUUCUGGGAAAGGCAGAUAUUUUCUGUUCCUUUUGCAUGUGGAUACAAUGCUAGAAUAUAAUGUCCUCUGUCAGCAACACAAGGGCUAAUAUAUAGUAGUCAAGGUAAGGUCAACAAUGUGAAUGUUAGUGAUCAAGCUUGUCAUCCACCAGUAAUUGUACAAAAAGCUAGAAACGACAGCGCUGUGAACUUAAAAGGCCAGUCCUAAUACACUGCGAGCAUAAUUGGUGACUCUGUGUGUUUCCAGGUUACAUGCGCAGCAAUUUAUUUAAACCAAAGACAGUAAAAGGUUGUGAAUACCAAAUAUAUCAUCAAUAUAUCAGCACCAGUGUGUUGAAAAGAUAAUUUAUUUGUCACAGGCUCUGUUCACUAGAAUUAUUUCCAUAAGUUAUUUUGUAAAUUCAUUACAUUUUUAAUCUUUUACUAAUUCUGACUUGUAGCCUGGUCCCAAGCUGCAUUCAUGAAUCCAUAGGCUGCAAGAGCUGAAAGCUUCUAGCAUUUGUUGCUGAAUCAACGUCUGCUCAGAAUUUGCUGUAGUGAUUUGCAUGCUGGAAAAUGUCAUUUUUACAGCCAGGAUGUUGCAAAGAAUAACUGUCCUUCUAUAUGAUAAGCCAUUAGAAAUGUAUCUGUACGUACCACUGUGGGCAGCUCAAAGCUAAGCAUUGGGCAAUGCAAUUUAUUCACAAAGUUAAUCAACUUUUUAUGUAAAUUAGACGUAUAUAUUGUUAUAUUUUAAGUAAGAUUUUAUUGUGAGACUUGAAGAAGUGUCUAUGAGGCCUCAUGCACACAAUCGUACUUUUCAUGCGUGUGGCGGAUAGUACUGUGACCCUUCUAUUUCUAUGAAGCCAUGCACACAUCUAUACUUUUUGCAGAUCUGUGUGACCGUUCCGCAAAGUAUAGAACAGGUCUUAUUCUGGUCCAUAUUGCGGACUAGACCUUUCUAUUGAUGGGAGUGAGAAAAAUGCGGGAUGCACACAGAAGGUAUCUGUAUUUUGCAGAUGGAAAUAAAGUCACGAUCUUGUGCAUGAGACCUUAAAGAAAUAUUAUUUAUCAGCUGUACGAAAUAGUAGUUCUUUUAAGUUAAGGCUCUAUUGUGAAAUCAGAGAUGCAAUGGUCUUGGCUGUUUCUUUUGUUGAAUGAAGUAGAUCACAGGCAGUUACACAAGUAAAUUGCUUGUAUAAUGUCAUCCAGAAUUAGGUCAACUUUUCUAUAACAAUAAUUGACCUUCACAAUCACAUAAUCCCAUCAUUUCUUUAUUUAUAUUGUGUAAAUUACAAAGUAACAAGCACUGUGCAAUGAAGAAGUUCUGCCUAGUGCAGGGCCUUUGAAUCCCUUUGUCACACCCCACCUCCUCAUUACCUACUGUACACUAGGCAGACCAUGGUAGAUUCACUUUGCCUGGAGUGUAUCUUUAAAGAUUCAAUGUUCAUUUUUCUUUUUUUUUUCUUUGAAAAAAUUUGGGAUCUCUCGAUGCCGUUAAUCCAUCCACUUUGUCGUUUACCAUUACUUCACCUCAAGAUGAUAUUCUCAAAUCCCCCAACUUUAAAAUGCCUUUAGGUUUAUUUUGCACAAGGGAUACGGAAUGAGUCAAGAUCUGUUCAGCGAAAAGGUGACGCCAUUGCAU